UGUUCAGUACGUUAGUAAAUUUUGACUCGGGCGGGUGAAGCUUUUUUAUCAGUAGGAAGGGUACUGUCUUUUGUGGUUCUGUGCUGUUUAUUAAAAAAAGAAAAUAAUGACUGAGCUUGCGAGUGAGACGGCAACUAAAUGCGUUUCAGAUCAGGAAUUAGCUAAAAAGACUGAGAGUGACUUUGCGAAGUCAUUAGAAAAAGGGAGGAUUUUGACUGAGCCAGUGGGCUACAUAGAGUCUUGCUUCACAGAGAAGAAUGGCACCCCAAGGCAGCCAGCUAUCUGCAGCCUGUCAAGAGCUUGCUUGAAAAUACAAAAAAGUGUUUUUAACAAUCCGGAGCACUCCUUAAUUGGCUUAGAACAGUUUUCUCAUGUUUGGCUUUUGUUUGUUUUCCAUAAGAAUGGGCAUCUGAGUUCAAAGGCAAAGGUAAAACCACCAAGACUGAAUGGAGCAAAGACUGGUGUCUUCUCUACACGAAGUCCUCAUCGCCCCAAUGCUAUAGGUUUAACUCUAGCAAAACUAGAAAAUGUAGAAGGUGGCACUUUAUACCUGUCUGGAAUUGAUAUGAUUGAUGGGACACCUGUUCUAGACAUCAAACCAUACAUUGCAGACUACGACUGUCCAAGCACUAGAGAUACAUGCUGUGUGCAGUGCAACAGAAAUAAGCACAUUGCUGAAGUUAUAAAUGAAAACAUGAAGCAGAGUAACUGGGAAAGUAAAAUGUGUACAACAAAGGCCUCACAACACUGCAGUCGUAAUACUGAAAGGGAGGCUGCUGUGGAAGCAGAAUGCAUAUGCAGAGGUGAGAACCUUUUAACAGAUUGUCAAAGCAAUGAAGAAUGGGCGUUUCAGAGGGAAACAGCAUUCAGAGUUAACAAAUGUACUUCAGUAACAGAAGAUAUUACCCGCCAGAGUAGUGUGUAUCAGAAUACAAGUUUAGCAUAUGAAGAUCUACAAUUUUCCCAAAGUAGUAAUGGCUUUACUGAUGACUUUACAGAAGACACAAGGACGAAAGAGGAGGAAAUGAAGAAACUGACAGCAGUCACCAGUUCAGUCCCAGUUGAGGAUGAAUGUACUUGUACAGAUGAAAUUGUAAAGGACAGUUUUUCCCAAAAUAAGGUUGCUCACUGGAUACACGAAUCACCUGUAACUGCUUUAACUGUCAGGUUCACCCCUCAUGCAGACCUGGACCUUGGUCAUUUUCAGGGUAAAGACGGGAAAGAUGCUGGGAAAGCCACCUUCAAGUUCCUCCAUUCUCCUGAAGAAGCAAAGCAUGCAAUAAUGUCCAUAUUGUCAGCAGAUCCUCGAUCUGUGUACAGAAGAAAACAGUGUGAAGAUCAGUUGUAUUACUUUACUCUUGACUGUGCACAUAUCACUUGCUGGUUUGGGGAAGAUUUUGCAGAGGUCCUAAGGAUAAAACCACUCAUCAGGGCACAAAAUGACAGCAUGCAGUAGAGGUUUUGAAAAAAAAAUUAAAAGUAAUACAUCAAUAAAACUUUUAGUUAUGUGGGAA